GGCUAAACAGAUUAGCAAGAUACAUGCUCUCCUGCAAACUUAUGGUGCAUCUUGCCCCUCUCUAGGGCGUGUGUUUGUUUCCUUGCUGAGCAUUGGGCAUGCUGACCCAGGAGGAACAGAUGGGAGAAGGUUAUAUCUGACAGAACCCAAAUGACAAGGGCAAAGGGGGAAAGCCCUGUAUGGUGAUUGUGUGAAUUUUGUGUUUUUUCUCCUUGGACUGUUCUGGUUUCUACCACCAGCAAGCGUCCAGACGACAAACAGAAUUGGUAAAUUCUCAGGCACAUGUCAGACUGAGACUCUGGGAAGAGAAUUCAUCACCUCCUACAUGGAGGACUGUGGGAACUCGAGUCAAUUUGAAGUGCAAAUUACUGGCUACUUUGCCUUCACUUCAGUGUCUGUUUCCAUCCCCAAUUGCAAGGGUGACGGGGCAAGGUCUGAGAAUAAGAUUAUGGUAAAUCAGGGAGAGAUGGUGCGGGUCAGGCUACCAGAGUCAGUGGGAGUUAACGGCAGUGAUGUGGUCUCCAAGGUGGUCCUAGUCAAGUCUGACAAAGAUAUCUCGGUAGUGUCUGUCAGCAACAAACAUGUGAGCCCUGAGACCACUGUGCUGUAUCCUGUCUCCAGCUUGGGAAAUGAACACUACGUAGUGACUCCCUCCACGGAAUCCUUCGAUAGUUACCCAGAGUUCUCUAUUAUAACGUACCAAGAGCCCAACUACGUGGAGGUCCAUGUGAAAGGCAAGUUACAUUACCUAACACAGGUCCACUCCACUGGCAGCAAACUGAAAUUUAAGCCCUUCAGUUUCCAAGUCAUCCAGUUACAAGGCAUAGAAGAUCUGUCUGGCACCAGAAUUGUCUCAGAAAAGCCAGUGGCCGUCUUGGUUGGCCAGGUGUGUUUUUGUAAUAGCACAAAAUGCAACCACGUCUUUGAGCAGCUCCUACCAGUCUGCGGCUGGGGUACAACAUACAUCAUUCCUCCCUUACCCUGGCCGAAAGUAGAUGACAUAGUCUAUAUCACUGCUUCCCAGAGCACGACAGUGUUGUAUCAACGAGGGGAACAGCAAGAGAAUGUUACUCUAACAGGAGGCAAUGUACUCCAACUUCCUGUCAAGCCCUCAAACCCAGUCUACAUCUCUGCUAACGUGAGCAUCCAGGUGGUGUUCUACGGCCUGGGUGCAGCUAACCCUAAUUCCUCCCACGCCUUCCUGAUGAAUGUUCCAGAUGUUGCCAGUUACUGCCUGAUGUAUUCUAUAAACGAGCAGGAGGGCUUCGAGAACUUUGCCUUGAUGGUGGCCAAUACAUCGGAGACUCCCGCCAUCAUCUUAGACAAUCAGCCUCUAAGGGAUGUGGAGUGGAAGCCAGUCCCUGGCACUGAGUUACAUUGGGGGAUGCUUACGCUUGGACGUGCCAUGAAAUCCCAUGCUGUGGAACAUGCCAGCUCUCCAUUUUCACUCCUGAGUGUUGGCACUGCUGCCAUGGACAGCUAUGGGAUUCCGGGUUCCUGCAGGAAGAAUGUUACCUUUAAAUGCCAGACUGAUACUCAACAGAUAAAAGAGCAGUUGAAGAGGUGCAAAGAUGUCUUUCAGCAGGGCAACACCAGUGAAUUUUGCUCCUUCAUGAAUUCAACCGUAGUGAAUUUGGAGACCAUGUGUGCAGAGGACAGAGCAGCAUCGCUGGAGGAAGUUGCUCACCCCUUUGGUUCCUUGCUGAAUAGCUCCAUCCUCCGUGCUGGUGGGAAUGAGAGCAAGAGGGACGUGGCCUCCGCCGUGACCUUCCUCCUGCAGAGUGUGGAAUUGGCUGCACUGACGGUUGCUUUGCGGUCUCCGGAGAAGAAGACCCAGAACGUGACAACAGAGUUUAUGGCUAUCGAGACGAUCCUCGUCAGAGCUGCAAGUUGCUCUGGUGAUGUCUUCAGGCUGAGACGUCAGGAGGAGACAAUGGACAUUCACUGCAAUGCCGUCGCCGGAGCAGACACAAAAGAUCCUUGGGCUGUUGCUUUUAUUUCUUACUCCACCCUGGACUCCAUCAUUAACAGGACAUUACUUGAUGAGGGAGAUCUAAUGGCUGAUGAGAAAUUGAGGAAUUUUCACCUGAAUUCCAGGGUGGUGAGUGGGGCUAUCGGAGAUGGGAGGCCCAUGAACCUCUCCAAACCUGUGAAUUUCACCCUGCGCCAUAGACAGGCAAAGAAAGAGGAGGAAGAAACUCGCUGCGUUCACUGGAAAUUCAUCGAUGGGAAUGGCACCUGGGCUGAGGAUGGCUGCAAAAGUCUCCAGACGAACAGCACUCACACCAUCUGCAGCUGUGACCAUCUCUCCAGCUUCGCACUCCUGAUGGGUCACACCGGAGUGGAGGAGAGUUAUCCACUGACCGUCGUCACCUACGUGGGACUGACCUUCUCCCUGCUGUGCCUCCUCCUCGCCAUCCUCACCUUCCUCCUUUGCCGCUCCAUCCACAAUGUCAGCACCUCCCUCCACCUGCAGCUCUGCCUCUGCCUCUUCCUGGCCGACCUGCUCUUCCUCACCGCGGUGACCCGCACCCACAGUGGGGUGGCGUGUGCUGUCAUUGCUGGCUUCCUACACUACCUCUUCCUGGCCGGCUUCACCUGGAUGUUCCUGGAGGGGCUGCACCUCUUCCUCACCGUCCGGAACCUGAAGGUCGUGAAUUACACCAGCGCCAGCCGGUUCAAGAAGAGAUUUAUGUACCCGUUCGGCUACGGAUUCCCCGCCCUGGUGGUGGCUAUUUCUGCAGCGGUGAAUCCUGGAGGCUACGGAACUUCCAACCACUGCUGGCUCAGCCUGGAGAGAGGAUUUCAUUGGAGCUUCCUGGGACCAGUCUGUGCCAUAAUCCUGGUGGGUACCUCACAGAACCAUAGGGCCCCAUUCUCCUCUCUCCUCUGCGACCCUGUGGAGUCCCGUGGAGCCAAGAGAGGAAUAUCUCCCAGAGAAUUUAAGAUGAAAGAGUCCUAGAAGAUCCCAUUUCAUUCCUCCCUCUUUGGCCAGUGCAGGAUUUCCCACUAACAGAAUAGCCUACGUUCUAUGGAGGCAGUCAGGGCGAAUGGGUCGGGCACUGGGUUGUGAGUCUGGGGACCUGACUCUGCCACUGGCCUGCUGUGUUAACUUGGGAAGUAGCUUCCCCUCGCUGUACCUCUGUUUCUCCUCCCACCCUUUGUCUGUCUUGCUCAUAGGCACCGAAAAUAAAUAGCGGAUGCUCAGCACCCACUGGCAGCCAGCUCCCCACUGCUGGCGGCCAUGCCGAUCAACUCCUCCCCCUCCAUCCCAGCGCCUCCCGCAGUCAGCUGU